AUGGUUUCAAAAACCAAGCGAGUUGCUACUGCAGCAGCAAGAAAGGCGGCUGCACGCAUGCGUGCGACCGCGGAAAGUGCCUCUCACGCCUCAGCAGCAGGUGAUUCGUCGCCUGUUGUUCUGAUUCCUCCACGUGGUGAGUCACUACGUGCGACAGGUACAUCCGCUGCUUCUGCAGCGGGUACCACGAGUCGUAAUCAAGACGAGUCUGAGAUAGAGCUCAUCUAUUCUGGCGAGUCGGAUGAUGUAUCCGACUCGAAGGCGACACCUCACGCCUCGGGAUCACCCGAGGCGGACACUGCAAGAGCCAGGCUGACUGGCUCUGGUCAGCGCGGCAGCAUCAUGACCAAGAUCUUUGGAUCGAGCGAUUAUUCCGACGGAUCUCAGCCUCACGCAAGUCCAUCCAACGAUAGGACGCGUGCGGAUGGUGGUGAUGCACCUAUACAUCCUUGCGAGCAACGUAACUUUAGGGAUCGGGGUGUCACUGGUGUCAGCGCUCACGCUGGCACCAAUCAAGAGGCCAGGGACCGAAACAUCUUGCGCCACGCUCCUCAAGUAGAGGUUUCGUGGAUGCCGUCAUCCAGAGAGUUGGACCGGUUGGCCGACAUGAAUACCGAACGCGAUCGAAUCCCGUUGUUCGAUUGCAAAACGAUUUGCCCACCUAAUUCCAGCACGGAAACUAUCCGUGCUGAGGAAGAGUUCUUCACCGAUGCGUUCUUCAAACAUCGGUGGUACAAUGGUAGCCGUGUCCGAGACGGCAGAGCCUUGGUGCAGGGAUGGAAUGCCCUCAUCCAUAACAUCGAAUGCAUUGGCCGUGAGGACAGGCUCGCCAAACUUGAUGCAGCUCGCAUCAGGUAUGAGAAACGCAACCCCGUCGGGGCGCAAUUCAAGUUGCACCGUCUUUCAAGAGAGGCAAAAUUACCCUGUCUCUCGUGGGGUGAUUCGCGUCCAGGUUGCCUGGACAAUUUGAACCGUGCCCCUAGGGAGGCUUACCUCCUCAAUGAUCCCUACUGGAGGGCGCGCAUCUCUUCCGAGAUGGCCAAAGGCAUCGACACUUUGCAAUCACUGUACUCGCGUUCGGAGAGGUCGUUUUCCGACGGACCUUCUUCAAACGCAGCGGGUGGGUCUCUUCAUAUUGCUCGACGAGACCAAGGACAUCAACAAUCAGCUGGGCACGAGGCUCCCAGAUGUCCCACGCCGGUGGAUAGCCAUGCCAGCGGACGAGGUAACUCGUCCGGACGCCAUUCACAUCGCGGUGGUUCAAAGGAAGCGUUGAUCACCGCUUGA